AUGGCGGACGCGCUCUCCAAUAUCCCGGCGUCCGUGAUGAGGAAUCUCGCGGAUAAGCUCUAUGAGAAGCGCAAGAACGCCGCCAUCGAGGUUAGAUAUGUUUUUUUUGUGUGUUAUAUCCGCAGAAUUUUGAAAUUUCUUUCGGUUCCUUGGCAAUUGGAGUUCCUAACUUAUGCGAAAUCUGCUGAGCAGGUUGAGGGAAUUGUGAAGCAGUUAGCAUUUGCUGGGGAGCACGACAAGAUAACAUCCGUGAUAAAACACUUGUCGACAGAGUUCACCUAUUCCCCGCAUUCGAACCAUCGGAAGGUUUUCAGAACACCCAAAUCCUCACAUUGUGUUCUGACGUGCGCUUGCUUUUCCCCUCUCUUUCCUCAAGUCUAUUUUUUCCUCUUUGAAGGGAGGGUUGAUAGGACUUGCAGCAGUUACUGUUGGUUUGACCAAUGACGCCGCCCAGCAUUUAGAGGUAUCUAGUUUCAGGCUGUCUUGUUAUUCGUGCCCUCCUAUUUUUGGAUGUUCUAUAGCUUUAAAAAUAUGUUCUAUAUCUCAAUUCUCUUUUUCAUUCUCUGAUUGUGAUAGAAGGUUUAACUUGUAGGAUAUAGUGAGUUAUGUUUGUCUGGAAAUAUCUCUCGUCUAACUCCUACCAAAAAUGCUAAUGAUAUCUUCAGGUCUCUCAUGAUUUGAUCUUAUCAUUCUUACCCAACUUAAUCAUUACAAAACAAAGAAAGUGUGUUCUGUGUGCCAUACUACUAGCCAUGCGUUCCUAAGAUAACAGAUUCAUCCCCUUCUUCAGUACAGAAAAGUUCUACUCAGUCUUUGACUAAAUGUCUCUGUCAAUUGAAAGGCUUAUUUGCCAAUAAGCUUUCCCUAUUAAAACAAGUUCUUCACAAUUCCUGAUCUUACAUAUUUUGUUGGUGCCAUUGCAAACCUAGAACGUCAUACAUCACCUGCCUGGUUUCCUAGGAAGACUUGCAUCCUAAGUAUGAAUUUUCCGGAGAUUCUUAUUCUUCUCUAUGUAGACUCUACAUGUGGUAAAUGUUGACCCAUAAAUGUAGAAAAAUGAUCGAAUGAAAGUAGUCUUCUGUGUGUGAGAUCCUUCAUGCCCAAAUAGUUACUUGAAAAAAAAAAUUAGUGUUUUAAAACCUGAUUUGGCAUGUUCCUAUGUCUACUUCAACCGACUACAUUGCCAGAGUACUUUGUUUGUCCCACUUCCAGCACUAUGUUUCUUCCUCAAACCUUGAUUAAACCAAAAGAUUUGCUACUCCUUUAAUCUUUUUGUCUUUAGGAUAUCUCCCAAUCUUUAACCACUAUCUUCCUACUCUUGUAGAAUGGUAAAAAGACUUGGGCAUCACUGAUUUUAGGAUCCUUUGCUGUUGCAAAGAGACAUGGAAUUUUCAUUUAAAUCUAAAUUCAGUCACCAUCUAUGAUUUAUAUGUAAACUUAUUUGGCUUCCUGAACAAAUGUCUAAGCUGGUCCACGACCACGUUUAUAGAAUUUGAACUUUCUCAUAGUCUGGAAGUAUGAUUAUUAUAUCUUCAUGGUACUUCUGUUUAAAUGGUGUUCAAUCACCGCCUGUUAGGAAAUCCAAAGUGAAGUGCCUAGCAUUGGUGAUGGCCAAGUCCUCAAUUGUCUAUGUUUAUAAUCUUUCCCCCAGUUUUACCAUACAGUAUUUGAUUUUUUUGCUGCUUCUGAUGAAAGAAUAUGUUCGGAAUUGCUUUUAUCUUCUUUUCCAGAUUCCUGGGAUCAUGAAAUAGAAAGAUAAUAAACCGACAAGCUAUCACAAAUUCGCUCUUAUAAUCUUCAACCUAUAGGAUAUAGCUGUGGAUAAUACAAUAUUCUACAAUAUUUCACUAAUCCUGUGGAUAAUACCCUUUCGGUAAGUGAUGUCCCUAGAUUAAUGAGGAAUUCGCUGAACUCUUGCCCGAAAUUAAGUGUAAGUCCAGUAAUAUAUUCUAGUCACAUACGAUUCUCCCUGUUUAUUUAUAAGAACACGAUAAUGUCAUCAACAUAACAUAGAUGUGUUACAUGUUUUGUGUAUCCGGUGGAUGUGGCUGAAUCCCCUUAACAAACCCAAGUCUUCGUCCUCUUGCUUCAGUCUACUUGUCACUUCCGUAAUCUGAGCGAAUAGUGGUUGAUAUGACGAUCUUGUGUUUACUUAAUAGUACCCUUGUAAUCUGCAGUUAUAUAUGGUGCAUAGCCGUCUACAAACGGCCCAGAAGAAAAUUAGAACCUGAUGUGGCUCGUUCCGGAUUUGCAUCUAUUAAUUAUGUUCCGAUUCCUAUGCCUACGGAUGGAAAAGAAGAUAAUGAUACUAUUUCGUUUACACCUUAUAUUUUUCAAUUUUCUGUUAAAUUUUCCCAUCAAAUGUUGUUCGUUUUUGAGUAAAAAAACAGAUUUGGUGAUACUUUUCCUUGCAUCUUCUAUUUUUCAAUUUUGUGUUAAAUUUAACUCAUCGUAACAUCAUUCUUUUUAGGACAAAAACAAAAGGUGCGACUUUACGAUUCUCUGUCCUCGUCAUAUGGGAAAUGAAGUGAUAAGUAAAGAAUACUAAUGAGAUAGAAACAGGUCUCUAAAAUGUAUGCGUGUAAGAAAGUGAUAAUGAAUCAUACUGUAUGCAUGUAAAAUGUAUCAGAAAAUGCUCAAGCUGAAGGAAAUCUGAAUGAGUAUAGACUUUUUUUCUCUAUUUGAAUCAUAAUGUUCUUGGGCUCCUUUCACUCAUAGUUCAAAAGAAGAUACUAAAUGAGUUUCUUCUGAUUAGCUCAAAUUGAAGGAUUUAAAGAAUGGUUUUCUCGUUACAAAUGGAAGAUACUUGUUAGGAUGUAGCUUAUUCGAUCAUUCAUUUGGAAAUCUGAAUGGAUGUGGUUUACAGGUUCACUGCAGCAUUAAGCAGCUUCCUCCUCUUGUUGUGCGUUUCGUUUUAUAGGUCCUUGAAAUCCAAGGACAUGUUCUCUCUCUUUGAUCCCAAUCUUAUGUUAUAUUUACUGAGUUUGUGUGGCAUUGUGUCAUUUACUAUUAGUAUUUUCCUUUAAUGAAAAUAUGAAUACAAAGAAUUGAAAUAAUGAAUUAAGUUGUAAGAAUUUUACUUUUGAAGAUCGGAUAAGAGGCAGAAAUAUAAUCUUUGUAAAAAUCGGAUAAAAGGAUAGUAUAGUCAGGUAUUUUUUAUUUAUUUUUUUAUCAGUCAUAGAAAAGGUAGAAAUAUCAAUGUUCUAAUUUUUUUCUCAAAAUUUAUCAAUAUUUAUGUGUUAAUUGCAGCAAAUUGUACCCCCUGUUCUCAACUCCUUUAAUGACCAAGAUAGCAGAGUUCGUUAUUAUGCUUGUGAAGCACUUUAUAAUAUAGCUAAGGUAACUGUCGGCUCCUGGGUUAUAUUUGGCUUGAAAUUUUGGGAUUUCGUAAUCAUAACCGACCCCCUGAUUCGGGUGCUCCAUGAAGGUUGUAAGAGGAGAUUUUAUCAUAUUCUUCAAUCAAAUAUUUGAUGCUCUUUGCAAGCUAUCAGCAGACUCAGAUGCCAAUGUGCAGAGUGCUGCUCAUCUUUUAGAUCGGCUUGUAAAGGUAAAUUGAAUUAGCUGGUUCCUCGAGUUCACUAGCUUUUACUUAUAGCCUGUUCCAGGCUGACUUACAAUAUGCUUGAAUUGCCAGGAUAUUGUGACGGAGAGCGACCAAUUCAGGUGCACCAUCUGCCUCAUACCAUUCUGGUUUAGUCUGUGGAAAAAAUGUUUCUUGGAUAACAGGAUCUUAUCAUGCCUUUUUGCAGCAUAGAAGAGUUCAUACCACUGUUAAGAGAGCGCAUGAACGUACUCAACCCACAUGUACGUCAGUUUCUAGUGGGAUGGAUCACAGUGCUGGAUAGUGUGCCAGAUAUUGAUAUGCUUGGUUUUCUUCCAGAUUUUCUUGAUGGUAGGAGGUCCUAGCGAAUCAUUGCUUUCUCAGAAUAUUUCGAAAAGUGUAACAAAUCUUCCUUCUAUAUGUAGGUUUGUUCAACAUGUUAAGUGAUUCUAGCCGUGAAAUACGGCAGCAAGCUGACUCUGCACUUUCUGAGUUUCUUCAAGAAAUAAAGAACUCGCCAGUAUCUAUCUCCUUUCAUUAUCUCCCUUAGUAGGCUAUAAGAUUUCUCCAGAUUUCCUAUUGUUUUUUGUCUUUCUUCAUGCUGUUGCUUCUAACUCUACUUAAAUUUGAAGAAUGUAGAUUAUGGUCGUAUGGCUGAAAUACUGGUGCAAAGGGCAAGUUCUCCUGAUGAGUUUACCCGAUUGACAGCCAUAACAUGGGUAGGAAUAAAAUCUCACCUUGCAUGUGAUAAUGAAUUUGAACUAUGCACGUUCAAUUAGACCAACUGUUAUUCUUAUUCACAUCGUGCAGAUAAAUGAAUUUGUAAAACUUGGUGGUGAUCAACUUGUUCCUUACUAUGCUGCCAUCCUUGGAGCUAUAUUGCCUUGUAUAUCUGACAAAGAGGAGAAAAUAAGAGCAGUAAGUAGCUUUACUAACUCUUACAAUAUUUUCAGCUACUGUUGUUUUUUGUAGUUUGAGUCAUUGAUAGAUUUAUCUCAUCUAUACAAGGGAUACAAUCACAUCCUCCUCUCUCUAGUGUGAAAUAAAUGUCUUAUGCUUGUUUGAUUUUUUGCUUUCCUUUUUUAAGUAUUGCCUUAUUGGAUUAUGUUCUCACUUAAAAUGAGAAGUGUUUUCUUUUUCUUUCUAGGACAGCAGGGCUUGGUUAUCUUUUCAUGUGCAAUGAAGUUAUCUCUUCUUUCCUCAGUCAGCCCUUGCAUCUGAUAUGUGCAGGUUGCUCGAGAAACCAAUGAAGAGCUUCGUGCCAUCCGUGCUGAUCCAGCAGAUGGAUUUGAUAUAGGUUCCAUCCUCUCUAUUGCAAGGAGGUGCAAUCUUUUAUUUCCUUGGAAUUUUUUUAGGUUUUGGGUUAUUAUUUCCUUCGAAGCUUUGGUUUGGCAUGUUUCUUGCACCGAUAAAGAACAACAGGAGUCCUUAAUUGAAGUGGGCUUUUGUCUUCUAUGCUCAUGGAUAGGUCAUUUUUAUUUCUUAAUAUCUUUCACAGCAAAUAAUUGAUUAAAUUUUGAUCCGGUUUAAUUUUAUCUCCAGUCAAUUAUCAAGUGAAUGGGAGGCUACUCGAAUUGAAGCACUGAAUUGGAUGGCUACUCUUUUGGCACGGCAUCGUGCUGAGGUAGUUAAUCAUUUCGUUUUGACCUUUUAUGAAGUUGCGUUUAUGCAUCAUAUCUGUCAUAUUCUUUUGACUCUUUAAUUGGUCCUAAUCACAUUCACUUGACAAAAUUUGAAGUUUUAACUAUCUAUGAAAGAUAAUUAACUGGUGAUAGCUGUGCUGAUGCUGUGUACGUGUUCAGUGAUAGGAUCAAGCCAUACAAGUCCACCUGGAUUUCUUUUUGUGCUCCCUGAGUGUGACACUUGAAACACUAUUCCAAGAGGUUUUUCAAGAGAGCAAAUGUUAAUAAUUUCAUGUUAGAUUCCCUCCUUUUCAUUGGAAAAAACAGAACUUUACUGUCCCCUCAGCAAUUGGGGAAUGCUUUGGAAGGAAUCAUGUUUACUUGGGGUGAUAUUCACGUUGUGUUAUCCCUAGAAGGGUUCUGAAAUGUUGCCUAAGUCUUAGACGUUUGUCAUAGACAUGUUGUGCUACACAUGAUAAAUACACAUUUGUCUUUACAUUUUUCGCUUGAUCAUCGGUAUGGUAUUUCAGUGGGUGGAAUAUCUCUAUGAUGCUAUGUUUACUAUAAAAUGUAUUAUACCAUGUUUGGUAUAAAUGAAGAACUGUAAUCAUAGUUAAAUUUAAUGUAUACAUGACCUUAAUGAUGUUGGCGUGGAUAAUAUCCUUAUCCAAACCCAAUAUUCUCAAGUGCUUUAAGAACCUCGUCAAACAGUGGGAGAAAGUGGGAACCCCAGGAAGACAGGAAGAAAAACGCCUAUGAACGGUAGGAGAAGGUCGGAACACCAUUAGAUCCCUAGAUGUUGAGUUAGAGUGGAAAAUAGAUGGAGGCACUAAAACCCUAGACCGAACGGGUGAGAGAAUUCUUUUCUUUCUUCUUCCUACUUCUGUUCAUCCUAGGCGUAAUGUCUUCAUUAUAUGGAAUUAAUUAUCUCUCUUAUACGAAAGUUUCUUGAUUGGGGGCAUUCCAGGUCUCCAUUCUUAUAUGCUUUUGCUAAAAAUUUCCAGCUAUGGUUCCUCAGUACAACACGGCCAACUAACACCGGCCUUUGCUAUCCUUUAAAACUUCAAAAGUCGUCCUGAGUUCCUUUGGUUGUUGCUUUGUUAGAAAACUCCUGUUGCAUAGAUUAGUUUUGUGCUUUGGGCGACAAGCAACAUGCUUGUUGUCUUUAAUUAGUUUAUUUUAUGCCAUUUUUUGCUCGUUUAAUUUCCAUGAUUUUUCUUCGAACAGGUUAUCGUAUUCUUGAGCGACAUCUUUGAUUCGUUGCUGAGAGCACUGUCAGAUCCUUCUAAUGAGGUAGGCUUUUUGUUGGUGCUUCAUUUUUUUUCUCAAAACUACAUUGUGCACUUGUAGAAAAACACCUAUCUGUAAUGUCUUUAAGUCAGGCUAUUUCCUGUCACAAACUCUUGCAUUAUCACUGUGGCCUGUGACAAAAUAUGAUGUUCUAGAGUUUCAGACGACCAGGCCUUCCUAGGCCCCUAUCCAAGUCUCUCUAAAUACUACUGACGCCAUUUCAUGUGGCACAUUUGAUGUUUGCUUGUCGAAAGUAUGAUGACAGGGAGAAAGAGUGCUCGUCCCGUUUUCAAAUUAAUGCGUAACCCAAUUAAUCAUUUUUUUCACUGAAUACCCAUUCCAUAAAGUUUAUUAUUCACAGGAGAAUUUAAUGAUUAUACAACCCUCAUACAGGCAGUAUGACGAAAAAAUUAUGUCGUCGACUUUAUUUUUGUUGGGUGUGUUCCUCUUGUUCUUUGGAUGGAAGCAAUCAGAUUUUUAAAAUUUUUCCCAGAGGAAAAUAUUUAUCUUACAUUUUUCAGUAGAAAGAUGACUUGAUCUUACUCUCAUGUCAUUUUCCUUUCUUUUUUUUUUUUGGCUUUUUUUACACAUGUAAAUGAGUUCUUAAAGAUUCAAUUUUGUUAAUCUGCAGGUUGUUCUUCUUGUACUGGAGGUUCAUGCUUGUAUUGCAAGAGAUGACCUUCAUUUCCGUGAUCUGGUUCGUUAUUUGGUGCAAAAUUUUAAGAUUGACAAUUCCCUUUUGGAGAAGUGAGUAUUAUCCGUGCUACUUUUACUUUGCAACUUAUUAAUGAGAAACACGCGCUCCUUUUACUUGACAGCUGUUACAUUGUUAUUUCAGGCGUGGUGCAUUAAUAGUACGUCGACUUUGUGUUCUUUUGGACGCUGAGCGUGUUUACCGUGAAUUCUCAAUAAUUCUAGAGGGAGAAGACUUGGACUUUGCAUCUGUCAUGGUUCAGGUUACCAUUUUAUUGGCAUCUGAAUGUGAAUAUUUCCAAUCAUACAAUUCUCGCAUUUUUCUAAGAUCUUGCACUUUGACUACACUUCAGGCCUUGAAUUUGAUCUUGCUCACUUCGUCUGAGUUAUCAGAAUUGCGUGUGCUUCUAAAACAGUCUUUGGUGAAUUCCUCUGGGAAAGACCUAUUCGUUUCUCUCUACUCUUCUUGGUGUCAUUCGCCAAUGGCAACUGUUAGUCUGUGCCUUCUGGCCCAGGUAGGUGUUGUCUAGAUGGUUCAGGCAACUUGAGCUCGUGUAUUUUUCCUUUUCAAACAUUUAAAUCAGUGUUGUUCUGCACCAGGCGUACCAACACGCGAGCUCUGUGAUUCAGUCACUGGGAGAGGAGGACAUAAAUGUUAAGUUUCUUGUACAGCUAGAUAAAUUGAUUCGUCUUCUCGAGACUCCAAUAUUUGCAUAUCUAAGAUUGCAGGUAUGCCAUGCCUGUCCCGCUUAUAUUUUUUUUCAUUCAGAAUUUUAUGGUAGAUUCAUGCACUUGUUACAGGCGAAACACUGUUUAGCCGUAACUCAUGUUAGUGACAAUGUAUGAAGGUGUCUGAGAGAAAACACAGAUGAAAUUUGGUUGCUUGUGUAAGAGACAAUAGGUUGCUGCCUGAGAUUUUUCGCUACAGGUUUAGGUUUCCGUGAUGACACAGAGUUUCUUUGAAUAAGAUAGAUCGAUAGAUCUUAGUAUGUAAUGGUCUUCAUUGAGCAAAGAUUUCUAUCCUAGGCAUGAGUCGCGGCUCAUGUAUGGUGCCUCAAUCGACUUCAGUGUUGGUCUCACUGAAGGAGGCAAGGAUAGUACUGCUAUAUAACUUCAUUUGUGCCAUCGCAGACUUGAUUUCCACCUCUUUUUUUUUUUUUUUACCAUCUUUCGGUUGAAUGGGGAAAGAUUUAGCAUCUUCUUGAUGGGGUAAAGAAUAGUUUUGACUUCAUUUGAUUGCUUUGGAAACGAGGAGUCAAAAUGAAUUAUCCUCAGAAUUAUCCUCUAAACCACCAAGCAUCCGAGGGAUCCUCCUCCCCACAUGAUAAGAAAGCGAUAUUCUCAUGAAGAAUUCGGCUCUCUUCUCCUGUUUCAUGGCACUGCCUUUGACAACAUCCACGUUACCAGAAUCUUUGCAGGCAUUAUUAACUUGACUCUGUACAAUGUCCAGCUUCUCGAACCCGGAAAGUACACAUGGUUGUUGAAGACGCUGAACGGCCUUCUGAUGCUGCUUCCGCAGGUAAACUAUGCCGUUUUUGGUAGCGUACGUUCACAGUUAUGCUCUCAAGUAUGUGAAGUUUUCUCUCAGUUUCUCAGAACCAUUAUGCUCAUACUAUGUUUCCGUUUCUCUUUGGCCUCUUCCCUCCCCUCAUCCUCUCUUCUUCUUCUCUUGCUCAUGCAGCAAAGCGUGGCUUUUAAGAUCCUACGGACCCGGAUAAAAACAGUGCCAUCGUUUGCCCUGGGCAGCGCUCAGUUUGAGAGAAGAACGCCGUGGAAUCCGGCGCAGCGGGACUCCGACGAAAUCCCGGAUCAGGAAACUGAGAGUAUCCCCGAAUCAGAGAUCGACUUCGCCGCCAGGCUCGAGCAAUUCGAGGGCAUGCAGCGGCUGCACCGGGUGCACGCCAAGUCCCAGAUGCAGUCGAGGGACUUGCCACCGUCCACGCUGUCGCAGGUGCCUUGGGGGAGGGGGGGUGUUGCCUCUUCCCAUCUCUUCUUCCCGGAAGAACACCCCUUGUCUUAAUACUUAAAUUCUUUCCCCAUCAGGAAAUCCGAAGAUCGGAAGAGCCCCGCCAGCCAUUCUCCAUGGCCGAGAUCAGCCGGCCCCCUUCCCGGUCGUCAUGGCCGGUCGCCAGCCCGUCCCAAUAA